AUUAAUGGAGGGCUCUUAUCACCGAAGUCUUAAAAGGAAGCCAAAUACAUGCAUAUAUAAUUAUCAUUUUGCCAAACACAUUUCUCUUAAGACUUUUAGUUGUGCUUUGCUUCCUCAGUGUUUUUGUUUAGGGUUUGAAGAUCUUAAUCUGAAAAUGAGUGACUCAGGAGAAGUUAUGAGCAAGCUAGUAGAAGACCCCUCAGAUUCUGAAAGUUCAUCAAACGAAGUUCUCAGCACCUUCCUUAAUAAAAAUAUUAAAAAGAAAGGUAAAAUUGGAAUUCAGGGAACUUCCACAAUGUUUGGCAAAAAGCGUAGUGACCGUGAAUUUGCUCCAACUUCAGGAACUAUGGUCAAAAUUGAAAUCAAAAACGGUAAGACACAGAUGGUUUCAGAUAACAGAUGGAUUGGGGCAAUUAUAACUAAGGUAUUUGAUGGUGUGAGAUACAUUGGCCAGGUUACAAGUUAUGAAGUUGAAACUGGAUGCUUCAAGGUUGUCUAUGAAGACAAUAGCUACGAGGAAGUGGCUGAGGAAGAAAUACCUCAAAUAUUAGCCCCUCCUGACCUCAUUCGUAGCUACUAUAACCGUGCAGCGAUGGGGCCAAGGAAGUCAUCAUAUAGGAGGAAGAAAAAGCCUGCACAAGAAAACAAAGUACCAACUCCUCCAAGGCUGACGAAUUCAGCUAAAAAGGCCAAAACACCUAAGAAGGUCAGCACAUAUGUUCCUCUUGCAAUCAGGGAGAAAAAGAAGGAUUCCUACUAUUGGUAUUAGUAUUGCAUUUACUUAUCAGGUUCAAGAAUGAGAGUAACUGAGGCCGCGAGGGAAACAAAAACAAUGGAAAGGUCUUCAAUGGCUGCUGCUUAUUCCAUAUAUACCUUUUUCGACUCAUCUUCUCAUUCUGUUUAGUGACCAAACUAAAGUAUUGGAACUAAAUAAGUUAUGUUUAUUUUUCUUUCUUAAUUUCCGACCAACUAAUAACUCUUUGGUACCGACAAAGCAUACUAAUACUAUGUGUUAGUGGUACAUCUUAUCUAGAUAUUAAUGUUUUGAGACAUUAUAAAGUAUAUUUAAAAUAUAUAUUAGGAUGCAUGAACUU